AGAGAUAGCGAACCAUUAUGGGACGACAUUGGAUAAAGAGAUGGAUUUUUUCCAAAUCAUGAGAAAUGUUACAAUUAGUGAGGAGGCAGAAACAACGGAAUAUUUUGUGGAAACGCAAGAGAUACAUACGGAAUAUGUAGACAUGUAUGAAUAAUAUGAUCAGAAAAUAUCACAAAAAAUACACAUUGAAAAUCUUCAAAAUAUUCCUUCGGAGAUUUCAGUAUUUUUAAUCUCGAAAGAAAGAUCUACUUUUGCAGAUACCGAAGGUCCCGAUGAUGCAGAGUCUUACGAUUACGAGAAAUUCAAGCUGGAGUACGAACAGCAGUUGGAAUAUAACGUGAAACAUGGGAAGGUGUUGAAUUACACUGAGAAGGAAGAAUUGGAAGAGAUUCCGAAGGAAAAGCUGAAGAGAAUAACGAAUCUGAAAAGACUGAAGAAUUGUACAAAGGAGGUGCUGAGUAAAAUUAGCAUCAAGGCAUUAGAAUGUCUUUUGUACGAUUAUCAACGCACAAAGGACGUGAACAGAAUUUUGUCCAGGACGUGGCUGAUCCUCAAAGUUUGGCUAUUAAUUUAUAUCUGCCUGGCAAUCCCUUGUUGGUGUCAAAGAGGGUGGUGCUGCUGUUGUUUUCGUUGUAAAUUUUGUUUUCCACGAAAAAGAAUUACAUUCGCUAAACAAUAUUAUACAAUGAAUCCACCUGGUGUUUUCGUGAAGGAUCUAAAGAAGGAAAAAGAUGUGAAGGAACCUAGAUAUGAAGCUAGUGAAUAUGAGUACAAUGAGUAUGAAACAUUCGAAACUGCAAUAAGAAAUAUAUAA